AACAAUAUUUCUCGCAAGAGUUUAUCACUGACGUAAACUAUGCCCCUAAAAAAGUUUGCUUUAAUUGCUAUUCAAGUGUUAUGCAAUGGAAAAGUGAAAAGAAGAAGGCUAUGCCUUUUGGUAUACCAAUGAUGUGGUUAGACAACAGCCCGCAUCAACAAGAAAAUUGCUAUGGAUGUAUCAACUACCAUAAAACUUUGAAUAGAAGGAAAGCAAGGAAUAAAACUUAUGUAGCAGUGCCAAGUGUCCAAUUACCAUUACCGCACUCAGAAUUCGUUCCAGUACCAACAUACCGAAGUAUUGAUCUUCAAACAGAAUACGACCCUGGUGAAGGUACAUCCUAUGAACAAUCUGUUGCAAACAUGUUGGCAGCUUUCGAUGAAAUUGGGGUUAAUAUGUCGUACAAAAUUCUUCUCUUGCAUCAGCAUCUUGAUCAAUUCGCUCAACAGUUACCAACUGAAUCUGAUGAGCAAGGCGAACGUUAUCACCAAACUGCGCUUCCAUUUGAAAUAAGGUACAGAGGAAAGAAACCUCGAGAUGCAAUACUUGCUGAAAUUUGUUGGUG